AAGACGUUUUGUACCACUGGAAUACUAUAUCACAGUCGGGAACAUGUGGGACACGUUUCGUACUAGUAUAAUAUAUAAAUAUGUACUGUGGAAAAUAAGUGCAUGAGCUUUGUUAAUAAAGUUCUGUUGAAUGGCUUUUAAUUUAUGUCCAAAGGAUAUUUAACCUGCAGUAAAAGCAAAGGACUUAGUGGUUUUAGGUGUUUGGUAGAAAACAGUAUUUUUGAUUGGCUUGGUUGAUCACAUAAUGAAGUAACCAUAGUGAUAAGGAGUUACCACGGUAACCAGCAAUGAUGCUGGCCCUGGACGUGAACCUCCUCACCAACAAGUUACAGAAGCAAAGCCUCGAGGAGGGGCCGACAUCUACGUCCAAUAUUAAGCUGAUCAACCAUGAUGCCGGGUUCAAGCUUAGUGAGUCAGCGCAAGCCAAGCUUGGAGCUGGAGGGAAGAAGUUGUUCACUGUGUCGUUGGGGUCUGAUACAGGAGCAAAGACCAAGACUGGAGAGUUUACUGUGCCGUCAAUGCCUAAAAGUACAGCUGUAACAAAAAUAAUGUGUUCUCAUAAAAAACCAAUGCACCUGUGCCCUCUAUGUGAUAGUAGUGUAGCUAAUAAUCAAGUUCUGUCGGACAGACCAAAGAAGCGACAUUGUCGGUCGAUCUCUGUACCACAGGAAACAGAGAUUAAUGUACCCCCAGCAAAGUCAACAUGGCAACCUCAGGGAUCAGGGCUGUGGAAGCCUGUUGCUAUGACAAUGAGAAAUAGUUCUAGGACUGGUCUUGACGGAAAGUGGGAUGUACGGACAGUACGAUGGUCGCCGUCUGAUUGUAGGAAUUACGAAUUUUCUAGUUUGGCUCCAUCUGUGCAGAGGCAUAUGGAAACGGGGCAUAUAACCCCUGAAGACUUUUUGACUCCACCAGAAUCACCAGUGCCUCGCCCAAACUCGGUGUACAGUGACGGAGCUAUUAGUCCAUUUACAAGUGAUUCAUACACUGACUAUUACAAAGUCAACCAUAUCCAAGAAUUUAGAAACCGAAGUCUUUCAGUUGAGGAUAAGAUCUCAUGUUCCUCUGUGACGUACACCGGAUCGGCCAGCAAUGUUCACAGUAUGAACAGUUCCGUGCCAUCCUCACCACAUCACAGAUACAGAAUUCCAAGGUGUCGGUCACAACCUUCUUUCUAUGACAGAAAGUCCGGACGAAGAAGACGCAGGGAUUGUCGUCCUACAUUAAACUUCAACAAAAUGACAGAGACUGCCUAUGGUCAUCCAAGGAGGUCAGAUUGUCUUGCAACUCCAAAUAAAGAGAGAUUGAGUUCAAGAUUUCAUGCAGAGCUGGAAAAUGCUAUGAGUUUAAUGCCGAUAGCAAGUUCACCAAGAGAUUCUGAUGUGCCGAUACAUGGACAUAUACCUGUAAAACAUGGCAACAGUCCAAUUCAUGAACUUGAAUCAAAUAUCCGUGAUAAUGUGUCAAUGCUGACUACAGCAGAUGAUGAAAUGGGGAAUUGUGGGCCAGUCAAGCUUCUGGGUGAUGAUGAUGGAGAUGAAACAGACAUGGAAGUGUUCCAGUUGACGGAGGAGCUUGAUUUGGAACAAAUUGAAAAUCACUGAUGAGUUUCUAAUAUUUAAAACAAGUAUUUGUUCCAUUUGUGGUAAAAUCAUGUAGUCAUUGUUCAUACAUUGUUUCAUAACUUAGUCAGAUAUUAACCUUUAUUAAAAAAUAUGAUAUUAGGACUUGGUGUUACCAUUUUGAUGUUACCUGCAGUCACUUUCCUAAAACACUGGUAGAUGUUUAGAAUAAUACACUUUAUUACUACAUGUUUUUUUAUGUUUUUUAGAUAAGAAUGUCAAAUAUGUAUCAAGUAUUUUCACAGAGAAAAAUAUCGAAACAUACUUUUCUUGGGUUGAAAACUGCAUAAAUAGACAUUUUUAAAGAGGAAAAUAUCUACUUACUUCACAUGAAUGAUUGAAAUAUCUUUAACUGAGCUUUAUGAGAACUAGAUGUUACAUUUUUGCUAUGCCACACAUGAAGUAUUGCAACUGGAGUUUACUCAUUGAAAGAUAUUUUGAUCCUUCAUGGAAACAACAAAAUAUCAUCUAUCUAAUUGACCAGAGUUCAAGUAUCAAACAUUUCCUGAUUGGGCAAAACAAGGCACUUUUAUCCUGAGACAAACAAAAAUAUCCACAUUGUAUUUGCAUAUGUAGCUAUAAGUUUUGACAUUUUCUUUCAAAUUUCCUUACUCCCAGAAUUUUGAUACUUAAAUGAAAUAUAACACCUUUAUUACUUGAAGAAGAAAUAAAACUAUUAUAUUUUUGUGCUAUAGAAUGCCUUCAUCUUCCAUUAUGUGUAUUCAAAUUGAUCUCUUUUUCUGUUCAUUUUUAAACAGAUAGAAUGGUUUUGAAUGGUCCUGCAACUGUAGGAAGGAGGGAUAUAGACUUUAUAUAAAUGCACAAUGUUAAUCUCCUUCGAUUUUUUCUUGCCAAAUAUACCAUUUUAGGAAUAGAUUCUUUUCUCAUAGCAUGGAUCAUCUCCCUUGUAUGCAGUUUUGAGAGUCAUUCUGCAGUUUGACACAUGCAUUUCCAGAAAUGCUGUGACUAAUACUAGUAUUUUCUUUUCUUGUAUUGUUCCGAUAUAAAUUAUGUAAUAUUCUCUUUUGUGGUUUCAUACAAAUAUCCUUACAAUUCAACUGAAUUUUUGCCAAGGGAGAUAAUCAUGCAGACAUCUGUCCACUACAAAUGGAAUGAAAGAUUUACUGAGCUUUCGCAUCAUAUAAAUAUAGGGCAUUUUAGUCAUAUUGUUCCAUUUAUGAAUUAUUCUGAUAUUUUUAUCAAAAUGUAACUAUAAUUAUAUUCUUGAACUGUAAAGUAUUAUUAACCCUUACCAUGCUGGACACGAUUGGUUCUGCCUUUGCGACCAGUGUAGAUCAUGAUCAGCCUGCACAUCCAUGCAGUCUGAUCAUGAUCUGCACUGUUCGCCAUUCAGUUAGUAUCUUUUUGGUCAACACUCCUUUUAACAGUUAAUGGUACUGUCCAAAUUGAAAGAUGGACAAGUUUAUUAUAGAAAUAUAGCAGGGUAAGGGUUAAAUAAACCACUUCUGUAUGUUCUGGUGUGCUUCAGGUAGGGGAGAAAAUGCUUUGAGUUUAUUGUAGAUUGCGCAAUAUGCUUGCUGGUUUUAUUUUCGCAAAUAUUCGCUGACUGUGCCAAUCCAAAUUUUAAGAAAUUUAUGAAUAUUAAUCUACAUCUUUUCCUAAAACAAAAACACUUCCGUUUCACAAAUUCUUAACAACUAACCAUGAAAUCGCUAAAUAAAGCCUUCUAAAAAAUUACCCAAUAUACUGUAUAUAGGAUUGAUCUUGGUCUGCUCUGGUCGCAAAGGCAAAAUCACUUGCGGCAGGCAUGAUUAAGCUCAAGGACCUCCAAUAAAGAAUGACUACUUGGACACUACUUUUCACUAUUUAGGAUGUAUUUUCGCUUGUGAAAAGAGACCACCUGCGAAUAAAAUAAAAAAUGCUUUUUUUUUUGCACUCCCAAACAUGGUUUUUAAACACAGGACACUUAUGUCAUUUCUGGUAGGAACUUUUGCAACGUAUUUUACCUUGAGAACAAAGGCCACCUCAGAAGAGAGACCACCUAAGAAUAAUGCCCAUUAUAUGAGCCACAUCAGGAGAAAACCAACAUAGUACGUUUGUGACCAGCAUGCAGUCUGGUCAGGAUCCAUGCUCUUCGCUUUCAUAGUCUGUUGCAAUUAGAGAAACCAUUAGUGAACAGCAUGGAUCCUGACCAGACUGCACAGAUGCGCAGGCUGGUCGCAAACACACUAUGUUGGUUUUCUCAUGGUGUGGCUCAGUUAUUACUCUUCAAGUUAUGGUCUUUAUAUUCAGGUUUGACUCUACAUACAGUAAAUAUAAUAGUUUAAACACUUAAGAUGAUGAAAUGUUCCCACUGAGAUAUCCAUCAGUGUUUGUUGCAGUUGAUGUACACCCACAUUUUCAAGUUUAUAUCUGCAAAGUGAAGAAAAUCGUGACUUGUAAAUAAUAGAGGAAAUGAAGAGAAAUAUAAAAUCACCAUUAGUAAGCAAUUUUAAUGAAAAGAUUGUUAAUGAUCUUGACAAAAUGAAUUGGUUGGAAACGAAAAUACUGCUAAAUCGGGUUUGUCUCGCAUAUCAUGGAAAAUUAUAUUGGAGUACAGUUAGAAAAACUUCUUUCUUGUUUCUUACGGAUUUGAAAUUUAAUGUAUUGGACCCGUAAUGGAGUACCUCCUUUUUGAAGAGUAUUCAGUUCCUAUCAUAAACCUACUUUGACUGCAAUUCUCAAGGGGGGUGGGGGUGGCGACGUAGGUUCAAGCCCCACUAGGAGCAAAUCUUUUUCUUUUUUUUUUUCCAUAUUUUCCUUUUUCCCGGCAAAUUUUUACUUUUUUCAAGACUUCUUAUGGAUGUAUUGUACAAAAGUAAAAAAAAAUCAUUUUAUAAGCAAUUCUUUGCUGUUCAAAGUGAAUUUACCUCUAAAUCAGGAGGGGUAGAGUUAGACAUCUUUAAAAAUACUGAGUUACAUGUGGUAAAAGUUCUCUAUUUUGCCUUCAUUCUUUAGAUUACAUAUUGUGUAAGAAAUGUAGGUAGGUUUUACUUCUGCCACUAGGUUAUUUUUGAAUGAAGUGAGCAAAAUUCAGAACAGAUCUACAGUAUUCAACCGUAAUGUUUCAAUGUUGGAGUUAGAAUUCUGUCUCAUUAAAUCUGUUUACUUGAGGCACCCUAGAAAAAAAUGAUAUUUACAGUUUUAUUUUGUGUUUUAUAAUUGUUUACCAAUAGUUUGAUAUUUCUUUUAUCAAAAUUAACACUUAAAUGAAUUCUUUACAAACGUUUAAGAUAGUGGCCAUCACAUUGAAAAUUGUCUCUACUUGAGCUUGAGGAAAUACCAUAAAUUAGACAAAAUUUACAAAAAAACGGCGCGGUAAAAGUUGUUUAAAGUUUGCAACACAGUGCCAAACAUGGUCAACUUUAAGAAUAUACCAAGCAAAUGCCAUUUUUUUUUAAUUUUACUAUUAGGGGUCCAAUACCUUAACCAUUUAUUUUAUAAUGGUUUGCAAUAUAUUUCUAAAAUGUAAUUUGAAUAAGAGAUGUUACAUAAUUUAAAAAAGAAAUCAUUGUUUACAUUUUUAUGUGAAAUAUGAAAUAUAUUAGUGCUAUUUAUAAUAUGGAAUGAAUUCCUUCAAUGUAUUUAGAAUUGAAUUAUAUUAAUGUGGUAACUGUUGAUUUUUAACAGUUACUGUGAAAUCACUUAAUUUUGUAGGGAUAAGAGUUUGUGGUUGUUGUCAAAAUGGCUGUUUCUUAGGAAUGUGAUUCAAUGGAUUCCGAUUUUUGAACAUAAAAUGAAUAGGAAUUGUGUUUGUUCAUUGUGAUUUUUUUGUGUGGAUUGAUGCAAUGGUGAAAUCCACAAAAAUUAAUCCACAAAAUGUACUGAUUUCACAGUAUGUACUCUACAAAGUCUUUCUUUUGCAUAUUUUUUGUCUUUGUGUUACAGACAGCUUUUCAGAAAUAAGAACAUAGUUCAGUCAGAAUGUGGUAGGUGGUAGGGAGAAGGAUGAAUUUAUUUCACUGAAAUUCGGUUUGAAAUAAACGUAAAUUUAAAGUAAAAUUUAUGAAGCUUAAGUUUCGGAAAUUAAAAUUAUAAAUGUCAGCUGAAAUAGCUAUUUCACAAGUAAAUGAGUUUGUAGGUUUUGGGUUUAAAGAUAAAAUUUCUUGUUUGGAGGGAUUUAUUUUCCUGGAUUGACACAUCCUUGAAAUCGACCAAAAUAUUUCCCGAACAAGGAUGUUUUAACGGUAAACUGAUAAGAACACAAAUUACCUGUUUUUUCCUGUUUUUAGUUAAGACUGAAAAUAUAUUGGGGCAGCAAGGAGUACUAAUAAAUUGUUUAUUUCUUUGAAAAGAUUACAGUAGCAAUUUAACUAAUGUUCUUAUUUGUUGACAAAGUUAAAUGAUAUAAAUUCUUAGAAAGUUGGGUCAUUCUGUGUUAAAAAAAUUACAUGUACUUCCAUAUUUCAAACACAAGUGAUGUGGCAUGGUACAUUUACUACGUAAUUGAAAGUUGUGUGUCAGAUAAGUAUUAAGGUAUUCUUAAUGAAACUGGAAUACAGUUGAAACUCGGUAUCUCAAAUUCUCAAAAACUAAUGAGGCAAAUGUUUUCACACUUAAAAUAAUCUAUAUCUUCGACAUCUGGAGAUGACCUCUCCAGGCAAGUUACAUAACUCUGGCUUGUAUUUGUCAACAUUAUGACCCUUUUUAACUUCACAGGUAUCUUUUGCAUCAUGAAAUGACCUCACAGGGCAAAUUACACAACUCUUGCUUUUAUUUUGUCAAAGUAUCCCCUUGUAAACAUAGAAAUUUUCUGAAAGAGGGUUUCUCAGAAAGUACUUGACUGAAUGCUGUCAGACUCAAUCACAAGUCUUUUGCAACAUGUGUUCAUCUUACAGAUCAGGUUUCGUAACCGUGGCUUAUAUUUUGUCAAAGUUAUGCCCAAUUUUACUUGCUUAGAAAUUUUGUGAUAGUUUUGCAUGUAAGCAUGUUUCUCAAAUAACACUCUUUAAUCUCUGCAAACAUCUUUAUUAUCAUGAAAUGACCUCAUCUGGCAGGUUUUUAAUUGUCUCUGACUUAAAUUUUGGCAAAUUCAUGCCCCAUUUUUACUUAGAAAUUUUUGUGAAAAUUUUGCAUGUAAGCUAAAAUUUGUCUGGAGCAAUUGUUUUGAAUGCUUUCAAACUCUAAAUGAGUCUUUGGCUACUUGAAAUGGCCAUUCUGAGCCAGAUUUCAUAUUUUUGACUUGCAUUUUACUUAAUAAUUCCCCUUUUUCAACAUAGAAAAUUCGGCUAAAGUUUUUCAUGUAAGCUGGUAUUAUGUCGGAGGGGUUCAAAUAGUGUAACACAAUGUCAUUGGACUUAUUCUAAUCAGCACCUUAAAACAGAGAAAUCUGGUACUUCGGAUUCUCUCCAACACCAGCAAGGUUGCUGUAUGUCAGAUUCGACUAAAAUGGAGCAAAAAAUACAUGUCUGGUAGUAAUCUUAAAACAAGUUUUAAAUUUUUGUCCAGAUAGCUAAAAUUUCAAGAUAAUGCCAUUUAGUUGGAGAUUACGAAGUUUCAAGUGUAUUUCUGUAUUUAUUUUUUUUUAAAAUUAAAUUUUCUGGUUGUUUUGAUAUAGUGCAUCCGAAGUUAGAUGUUGGAUGUUUAUUCCUUGCAUAGCAUGGUUCAUGAUUAUGUAUGUUAUACUAUUGACUGUAUGUAGUUGUACUGUAAAUGACAGUACUGGUACAUUGUAUACAGAAUGUAAUGUCUUUGUCUAUUUGAAAAUCUUUUGUCGUUUCUUUACUUAACUUUUACCCUGCUAAAUUUCUAAAUUGGACUGGUCAUCAAAUCAUUCAAUUUGGGCAGUACCAUUUAUUAUAAGAAGGGAUGUUCACUGAAAAUUUACCGACUGAAUAGCGUACAGUGCAGACCAUGAUCACUUGCCGCCAGCAGGCUAAAGGUUAAAGAAGAACAUGGCCAAAUUCAACUCGUAUUACAUAAAUGAAGAGAGUAUGUUUGUUUGUAAAUUGGGCAUGUUUUCAUUUGCUGUAUUUCAAAGAAAUACCAAAAAUUGCUUAAACAUCAGUAUUUGAAUUAACAUUAUUUUACUGGUAUAAAUCCGAUUCUACUGCACUUUGGUAGGAAUUAAUGCAUGACAAAGGAUAAGACUUAUGCCAGGUUGCGAGUAAGAACAUUUGUGAUCGAAAUGGGAAAACUUGUCUAAAUAUUUAGCAAGAGUAAGAACACUGUGAUCAAAAUGGGAAAACUUGUCUAAAUAUUUAGCAAGAGUAAGAACACUGUGAUCAAAAGGGAAAAUUAGACUAAAUUUAAAGCAAGAGUAAGAACACUUGUGAUAAAAAUGGGAAAAAGUAGUCUAAAUAUUUAGCAAGAGUAAGAACACUGUGAUCAAAAGGGAAAAUUAGACUUAAUUUAAAGCAAGAGUAAGAACAUUGUGAUCAAAAUGGGAUAAUUAUACUAAAGUUUUAGCAAAAGUAAGAACACUGUGAUCAAAUUUGGAUAUUUAGUCUAUUUUUAAAAUGUGGAAGGAACUGUGAUCAAAUACAUUUUAUGUAUAUAUUUAUACAAAGGGCAAUGUCUGUUAUAAAAUGUGAGGUAUUCUAUGUUAUUUUGCUUAAAUCUUCACGCUUCUGAAGUAGUCUUAAAUAGUGUUAUAUUUGUUAAUUUUGCAAAGUUAGAAAUAUAUGGAAUUUUUGUUUUAAAAUGCAUGUACAUGCACAUUUUACUUAUCUGUAGAGAUAUUUUAUUUAGCGAAUUUUUCGUAUAUAUAUUGCAACUAUUAUGAAUGAAAAUGGCAUGAUUGAAUUUGUAUUGCCAUAUUUUUUCGCACAAAAUGACAUGAAUUUUGUGUACAUUUCUUGCAAUUAUUAAAAUGCUGAAUGUGUC